ACUUCUCCCCCCCCUCUCUCUCUCUCUCUCUCUCUCUCUAGCACUCUCACGUGAGGUUAAAACUGUAAAGCCAGACAACAAAAUGCUGCAACUCUCCGAACCUCCCAUAUACCUUGACACAAUGUGCCUUCCCUUCCCACUCUCUCUCCCUCCACUCCUCCUCCUCCUCCUCCUGCUCCUCCUCUCUCACCCUCCUUCGACCACCACCGCCGCCACCAUGCUUCCAUCUGAAUCAGAAACCCUGUUCAAGAUCAUGGAAUCCAUGUCCUCUGAUCAACCCUGGAGGAUUUCCCAUCCUACCCCUUGCCAACCCUCCUCCUCCUGGCCCGGAAUCGAGUGCAAAAUCGGAAAAGACAACCGCCCCCAUGUCUCCCGGCUAGAUUUUGGCACCUCACCAAACCCCUCCUGCAAAAAAACAGCCACAUUCCCUUCCCUAAUCUUCUCCCUCCCGUUUCUCCAAUCUGCUUUCUUCUUCAACUGCUUCACUCACACAAAAACCACCCUCUCUGUUUCUCAAAACAGAGCAUCAUCCCCUGCCUCCCUCCAGCAGCUCAGCCUCCGGUCCAACCCGGCACUCUCCGGCCCAAUCCCACCACAAAUAUCCGACCUCAAGUCCCUUGAGAUCCUCACAUUGUCACAAAACCGCCUCUCCGGUCCGAUCCCCUCGGAGAUUUUCACCCUUCGGAAACUAAUCCACCUUGAUUUGAGUUACAAUGUGCUCACAGGCACCAUCCCUAUGCAGCUGGGCAGUCUCAGAAACCUCCAAGGCCUUGAUUUAAGCUACAAUUCUCUCAUAGGCUCCAUCCCAGACACAGUUGGUCAACUGGGUUUGCUUCAAAAAGUUGACUUCAGCUCCAAUCAACUCACAGGCUCCAUCCCCAAUGGCAUCGAAAAGCUCGGUUUUUUGGUUUUCAUGGCGUUAAGCAACAACAAAUUAAGUGGGAAAUUUCCGAAGGGGUUGGAAAAGUUGCAGAGCUUGCAGUAUUUCAUUUUAGACGGCAAUCCAAUGCACAUUCCUCUGCCAUUGGAGUUUGGUAAAUUGGUGAAGCUCCAAGAACUCAGGCUGGCUGAUUCCGGCUACUCGGGCACCAUCCCGGAAUCCUUCUCCCAGCUCAAGAAUUUGAGCACUCUGUCGCUGCAGGAUAACCGGCUAACGGGCGAAAUCCCGGUCGGGUUUGGGAGCCUCUCGCACAUUUACCACAUGAAUCUGAGCAGAAACAUGUUGGGGGGUGUUGUGCCUUUCAAUGCAAGUUUCCUCAAGAGGUUGGGGAGGAACUUGGACCUCAGUGGAAACCCAGGUCUCUGUGUGAGUUCCUCAGAAGCUCACAGUUUGAAAGUUGGAGUUAAUGUCUGCGGAAGCAGUGAUCAGAUUGCUUCACCUGCCCUGCCAUUGAAGAAUUCUCAAGCUCCUUCUCCAUCUGGGCUCUCCAUAAAACCAUUUUUUCUGUAUGCUGUUUUGUGUGUUUUGGGAUUACAUCAUCAGAUGUUUUUAGUGUGACAAAAUAUAUUUGUGCUUAAUUUAGUCUGAUUUGUUGAUGAUUAUUGUGAAAAAUAUUAUUUAAUGGAUAUAAGAAUUUUAUGGGAGUUCGCAA